AUGGAGAAGGAGUUGAUCUGCAGAGACUGUAACAUGCUGUUUCGCUCCGCCAGGCUACUCGAGAAACACAAAGCGCUGUUCUGCAUUGGGAGUGAGGCAGGGCACCUUUGGGUACAAACACACAGCUCUGAACCUCUGAGGAGGAACAAAGCUGGAGGCGUGGACCCGAAACAGACAAGAACCGCCGAUCUGGUGCAGUUUCACAAGCUGAGGAGGUCAAUUGAAGAAAACCUGCCAAAGUGGUCAAAAACGACCAAUGAUUCUAAAGUUGGCUCCACAGUGAGUGGGAGUCAGCUGGGACACAGUGAGCGACUGAAGGAGAUGAGAGAAAUGGCAUCGGUCCAUGAGCGCCAACUGGCCCUGAUACAUGCUCAUAACCAGCAGCUGGAGCAGCAGAGAGAUGAGUUGGCCCAUCAGGUGAGCACCCUGGCUGAGCAAAGCAACACGGCUCACCUGGAGAGUCUGCUGAUGGAGCUCAGAGAGCAGGAGGACAGGAAUGAGGAGACGCUGCAACAACUUACCGAACAUCUUUGUGCUUUACAAGCACUGCGACAGGCAUACAUGCAGUCAGGUGGGUCAGAUCCGGCCACUGUGGCACAGCUGAUUGACCUGCAGGCAGAAGCCCAAAGCUUAGAGAAAAACCAACCAGCAGCACCCUCCAAGGCCAGAAAAAAGAUAGCAGUGAAGACGGAGCUCGGGCUGAUUCAGAGGGAGAACCUCCACCGGAUUUCUAGCAUACAGGCAGAGAUGGAGAGAAGGAAAGAAGCUUACAGACCCAGGAGACAGCCUCCUCCAACUCCACUCCCACUCCGACCUAAGAACCACAUUCAUGCUCCUCUUUCACUGUUUCAGACUAGAUCCUUCUCAUCUCCACUUGAAGGAUAUGUUUUGGACUCCCUGGACUCGCUUGGUCCAGCCCCCUACGAUCCUGCGGCUGGCUUUGUGGUCUUCUAUGACGUGCUGUUGGGAGCUGAUGCCUCUCAGAAGGCACUGCGCCUGGUCUCUGCUCUUUACUCGAAAGGUCAGGAAGUGGGACCGCCAACUCCGCUUCCUCCUGUCCAGUGCCUUCCAGGCGUGCCCCGUCCUUACCCGCACAGCCUCACCCCUGGAAACAAUGUCCUCCUGAUGCAGCCAUCGCCCUGCCUCGCUCUGGUGGUGGAGCUGCAGGCAGCAACAGAUCUGGAUGUUUAUAACCAUGAAGUCUUCAAACUGGCAUCCUGCGGCUGGACGCGACUGGAGCUCUUUGAUCAAUACAACCAGGUCUAG